GUCCGAGUUCGUCUCGAUCCUCUCUUAACAAACCAAUUAACCAUUAUCUUCUUCCUUAAUUCGCCUCCCAAAUUUCAUUCCCAUCUCCCUCUUUAAUUUCCAGAGGACAAUAUUCACACAAAAACAACAAAUCUCUUUUCCUCAAGUCUUGCCAUAGAAACUAAACAAAAGCAAUGGCGAACGCGGCGUCGGGGAUGGCAGUGGAGGACGAGUGCAAGCGGAAGUUUUUGGAGCUAAAGUCGAAAAGAAACUAUCGGUUCAUUAUAUUCAGGAUAGACGGGCAGCAAGUGGUGGUCGAAAAGUUAGGAAACCCUCAAGAGACUUACGAUGAUUUCACUGCUUCCCUCCCUGCCGACGAGUGUCGCUAUGCGGUUUUCGAUUUCGAUUUUACCACCACUGAAAAUUGCCAGAAGAGCAAAAUCUUCUUCAUCGCCUGGUCACCGGAUUCAUCUAGAGUGAGGAUGAAGAUGGUGUAUGCGAGCUCUAAGGAUAGAUUCAAGAGAGAAUUGGACGGCAUUCAAGUGGAGUUACAAGCCACUGAUCCUAGCGAGAUGAGCUUCGACAUUAUCAAAAGCCGAGCUCUCUAGAUCCUUUUUUCAUCAAAGCAUCUAUAUAUCAUCUUUUCGUAUUUCUGAUAUUAAAAACAAAAAAAAAUUGAAAAACCUUUUCCAUGUUCUGUAAUGUUCUUGGUUAAGAACUGCAUCCUUCAUCGUUGUCUCCAUUCAAUUUUU